AUGGAACUGAAGGAGACCGAGGAGCAGCUCCAGAUGCGCCGCGUCGCGUUUUUCGCGAUCGUCAUCUCGACCGCGGCCGUCAUCGUCAGUGUUGUCACGUUGCCUAUGCUCUACAGUUAUGUACAGUCCUUCCAAAGUCAUCUCAUCGUCGAGACCGAGUUUUGCAAGAGUCGAGCCAGGGACAUGUGGGUGGAGAUGCAGGUGUUGCAUAAGUCUGGUGUUCCGCGAUCCAAAAGAGAAGCCGCUGGCACGUGGUUGUUCGGACAGUUCGUACCAGAUGGAGGAGCUGGUGGUGGACCUGCUGGUCCACCUGGCCCGCCUGGAGACGACGGACAUCCAGGAAACGACGGCCAAGGUGGCGCACACGGGCAUCCAGGAAAGGAAGGUUCCAUACUUCUAUCUGCUCUUCCCCCAGCAGAGCCAUGCAUUAUCUGUCCAGCAGGACCACCAGGUGCAACAGGAAUGCAGGGACCAAAAGGACCACCUGGACCUAAGGGCAAAUCCCAAGAGCGCGCUCCUGAUGGAAAACAGGGAGAGCCAGGAAUGAUGGGACCACCAGGACCACCUGGAAUUGUCGGAGAACUUCGGACCCCAGUCAACGGACCCGCUGGCCCUGCCGGUCAACAAGGAGCUAAAGGACCUCCUGGACCUAAGGGAGUUCCUGGAAUCCCCGGCGUUAAUGAAGUUGGAGAACAGGGACCUGUCGGUGCUACCGGAAAUCCAGGACCACCCGGUGACUGGCACAAGGGACACAGGACAAUGGACAUUCGGAGAAGAAGGUUGCAUUCGCGAUCACUGCCUGAGCCCGCUUACCACCACCUGGCUAUUAACAUAGCGGAGUGGAGGGCUAGAGGGAUUCACACCCCUCAACUGCUGCUCAAAUCUCUGCCGCCGGCUCGUCCGGUGUUCUUUAAUGCUGCAUGCAUGUACUCUUCAAGAUCACGAUCACGACAAGAAUAA